AUGGGAUGCACUAGUUCCACCCCAAGUAAAGGUCCAGGCCCGAAGCCAGCCAAGGUGGGAGUGCAAGACACCAAACCACCACCGGCGCAAAAACCACCACCAUUAACAUCAAUACCCGAAGACGAAGUAGAAUGGGAGACCAACCCAUCAUGGUCCCAGAUUAUCCAGAGAGAAUGGGAGGCAGCCGUCGCAUCCGGGAAAGAAACCGAGUUUAAAAGCGCAUUCCAGGAUGACGCCUUUGUCCGCGUACGCAUGUGGCUUGACGAGGAACAUCCUGCCUGUGCGAGCGCAGGCACGAUUGAGGACAUGGGCAAGUUCGAGUUUCCCACUAGCCACGGCCCGUGCCAGCUUCCCGCGAGAUAUUUUGUGACGUUGGAUGACGAUCAAACCGGAUUACUGUACUCUCUCGCACUGGUCAUAGCUCCACCUCUAAAGGAAGAGGCAGACCAGAAGUUAUGGUUGACAGCUGGCAGUGCUCUCAAUACACCGGAAAUUAAAGGCGGACAGCAAGCGACGCUUAGAUUGCUGUCUUUGAUGCAGAAGGGCGACGUCAAUGUCAAACAUGCCCUGGUCCACAUCUUCAUGGGAUCCGAUAUGGUCACCUGCAAGUUUGAUGCUACGACGACAGAGCCCACGAUUACGAUGCUAUCUGACAGUCCAAGCAGUGAAUUCAAAGAAUCCAACGACGAGCUUGCGGAGAACGCCCUGGAGGAUGGAGAAGAGGCCAGGGGCAUAUUUCAGCCGCUCAUGCUUAGAACUGUCGUACAGCGAGUUUCGCUUGAAUAUCCCAACGGCACGGUCUGGGAUGAAGGAGAAUUCUCGUUUUCCGUCGGAGAGGAGCCGUACCUCCACCCAACCAGACUUAUCGUUGUGCGAGACCCGAAAAAGAUGCACAACACUAUUGAUUCCGCGGCUUUCAAAAUGUUUAUCCCGGGCGAUGACUUCGAGACUGAGUUGACGCUGAUGAGAAACUUGAGCCCCGAUCCUGAGUUGGGAGGAAUUGUUUCCGCCACGUUGGUCGUCGGGCUUGCGCCAAACACCCUCUGGCCAAAGUGCGGCGCAUUUAUCGAUGGCGCCGUUUUCAAGGCUGCAGAUGCUGCGUUGGUCGAAUAUGCCAAAAAAAUCUACAGCACGGGUCAAAGCUAUACGUUCAAGGCAGCCGUUGCUAUGGGGGCUGAUCGGAAGGUAUAUAAGGUUGUUGGGAACAGCCCAGACUUUCCAUACAAACCAAAGCAGGUCAAGGAUCAGCCGAAACCCGUGGCUUCAAGAGAAUCCUCUGAGGAUGACAAGAGGCAGUACACUAGCCUGGAAGCAUUUUCCGUUUCAAUCGAGGAGAUUAAGGGAGAGAUACCGAAGGAGACCAGUGGCAGAGGACAGCCGGAGACAACCAACGAUGUUGUGGAAAAUCCUAGUCUCGCGGAGCCAGCAAAGGAUAUCAUCAAACACAAGCCGUCCGACAACGAUCUUACACAAACAGCACAAUCCACGCAGAUUCUCGUCGCUUGA